AUGGCACAAAAGAGGUCUUUGUUGUUUUAUGUAGCCGUUGUUUUUGUAAUUCUAAGCGCUUUGAGUCAUGAAGUGGAGGCCAGGAGAAAAAUUUUGCGCGGAAGGAGGGUAAUGACUCGUACAUACUAUCAUGGCAACUCUGUACCGGCUUGGGCGAUCAGUUUUAUGGCUGGCAUAGGAAUGCUGGUAGCCGGGGGCGUGUUGUAUGGCAUAAUGAGGAAGCUUGUACUGUCUGCCGAGUCGGGUUCUCUAAACACAUACCAACCUGCUAUGCAAAACGAUCAAGUUUAA